UCAGGUUGCUGCGACAGCACAUUCGAAGAAACUAAAGGUGGACGCUAUUUGUAGCAAUUAAUAAUAUCAUUUUAAAGAAAAAAUCCUGUUCUUUCUAGUGGCGCUUAAUGUCCACUUACUUACUGUAGUGUUCUAGUUUACAAGUCUCGUGAGACUUGCGCGCGAGAAGUGCGGAAAUAGUGUCAGCUAGUUAUGGAGUCGUGAUAGACCUGUGUUGAGUUGAUUCCCUAAUAAAACCAUUGAAAUGGGCCUCCAUCUCCGUGUGCGUGAUUCUAAAAACACCACAUUUACUAACGGCAAAUGUUUAAUAAACAUAAAGCCACUUCACGCCGCCUCUUCAUAUCCCGAAUAAAUUAUUGAAAAUGUCAGACAUGUGUGGUGAGUGGCAGGUACAACGUCGAAGGAAAGCUGCAUCCAGAAGUUUGAAGACAUCAAAGAUUUCUGAAGCGCACAGCAAUGAGCCGCUGGAUGUUGGAAAAACUGUUAAAAGAAUCAACGAAGUUGUGGCUGAAAUGAGAUGUGAAUGCUUUUGGAAAGAAUGGAAAGAACAAAUGCUGUCGGCUGCAUCAUUAAAUCUAAAAGAGACAGAGGUCAACUCAGGCAAGCUGCAAGAGAGUUUGGAUGCCAAAAUUGAUCCACUCGAGUGUGUGUGUUAUGGCUUGGGCAACUUUUCUACAUCUGUAUCUGCUCGGUACCAGCUCGCCAUACUGCUCCUGCUCCUGGAUGCAGCAAAGAUUCCAUUAAAAGACUGUCUUGUUUAUGACCCUGCUUUUUCCACUGGAGAAAAAGAUGUACUCCGACAGUUGGGUCUAACUGUACUCACAGACAAUGAGGAGGGGAAACGACUGGCUACCAAACCUACGCUCUUUUACCUCAUGCAUUGUGGGAAAGCCUUGUACAACAACCUCUUGUGGAAGAACUGGAGUCCAAACUGUCUGCCCCACGUGGUGAUAAUUGGAAACAGCUUUAGCUGCAUGAAGGAGAGAAUGAUUGAGAGCGAAUUCAAGCGAGACUACAGCUACAUCAGUCAGGCAGUGAAUGUGUGUGAGGAGAGGCAUCUAACAUGCCCAUCUCGUUUGACUGACGUCUUCAGCGACACUGUGCUCAUCAGCUUUAAUCCUGGCAAACUAAACUGUCUCAACCAGUCUACCUGGACAGCGCCACUUGAACCACAAUAUCAGCACUGCACUGAUUUGGAGAUAAUACAAAAACAAUCUCAGAAUGGAGGCAGGACGUGAGCUUUUGAAUUCAUAUUCCAUCGGCGCCUCAUGAAAGACUGUCCUCAAUUCAACUCCUUACUCAUCAUUGAAAUUAGAGAUGUCCCAAUCCAGGUUUUUGCACUUCCGAUCCGAUACCGAUAUUGUUUUGCACUUCCGAUCCGAUACCGAUACUGGCCGAUACCGGCCUAUCUGAGCAUGUGCUAAAGUUUAAAGUUAUUUAGCCUCCUUACUUAGUUGUCAGACUCAUGUUGAAAAAGGUUUUAAUACUCUUGAUAACAACUUGCCAGCUGAAUUAGGUGAGUUUGAAUAACACACAACGGUUGGUAACAAGAAACUGACCUGUUUAUUGAGUGACAAACACAAAACAUUAUAAAUAACAAACAGAAAAUGCAUAGUCAGUCAGUAAAACGUGCAAAUAAUAUUGUAAACUGUCUUAAAAUAGCAAAACACACGAACAACCUCAGUGGAAAAUCCCACAAACCCCCCCAAGCUAUUAGAUGCUCUCAAUGCUUCGUGCAUUAGUUACAAAAAUUGUAUAAAAAGCCUCUCAGGUUUAAAUAAAUGACUAUUUCAGUAUCAAGUGAACAUUUUAAAACAGUAAAAUACUCAAGUCCCCAUUCUGUAUCAGCAGCUUUAAACUACAUUCAAUUCAUUUAAUUUUGCGUAUCAACUGUGAAAGUUGUUAAAAUGGCUCCCGCUAUUCCAUAAUUUCCCUUUUGUCUACCUUCGACAUGUGAAAGUUUUAAAACUGUUUUGAAGAUAGAUUUAAGUCAAUAUUUUGUCGAUUUAGGAGUAUUUUAGAUAAAAAUAUAAUUUGGAAGGUUCACAACAGGCUACUAGCCUGCUUUAAGAUGGCGACUGUUUACUAACGCCCGCAUCUAGCUUUUUGUAGGUGAGCUGCUAACGCUACCGAAUCAAUGGUGCAUCUAGUCCUAUAUAUAUGAUAUCUACCAUAACAUUAUGCUACUUUGUAGCAGCUUUUCGGCAGCAGUCAGGUGUGUUGUUGUGUUUUUUUAUCUCGUGGCAUGAGUUGAGCUAGAGCCGUGAGUUGAGCAUUGGCAUUAACCGAGGGGCCGGGUAAUGAGAAGCAUGAUGUUUAGCUACUCUUGCUCCGUUCCUCAUUGACCGCGCGGCGCGCUGAGUGUGUUGUACUUCCGCUUUACUUGGCAUAUUUCAAUAAUCGGAAUUUGGAUGUUUGUGAAUCGUUCUCGAAUCUUCCACGGCCGAAUCGUGAAUAAUCUAAGAAUCGGAAAUUUUGCACACCUCUGAUAUCUAUUAUCUACAGUAAAACGAUGUUGACGUAGUUUGUAGCGGCUGUCAGCAGCAGUCAGGUAUUCUUGUGUUUUUUAUCCAGCGGCAUGAGUUGAGCUAAAGCCGUGAGUUGGGCAUUGGCAUUACCCGUGUCUAUGACAAGCAUGAUGUUUAUUCUCGGGACGCAAUGCGGUCCGUUUCUCAUUGCGUCCAGAAGACCGCGCUAUGUAUUAGUUCCGCUUAACUUGACAUGUUUUAAUAAUCGGAAUUUGGAUGUUUGUGAAUCGUUCUCGAAUCUUCCACGGCCGAAUCGCUCAAGGAUGUAAUGACUGCUGGCCAUGUUGUACCGUGGUGCUAAGUGUUGGAUAGUGCGUCUUUACUCACGAGAGAUAACGGCUCGUCAUCCAGAAUGAAUUCUUCGGCAAUGACUCUUGUUAUUCCCUGGGCUUUGGGACUAUCGAUUGCCAGUUUAGCAAAAGUUUCUGCCAGUGUUAGUUGUUUAGGACCUUUCUUUUUGUCUUCGGUUUUCUUAACAUACUCCUCAUAUUGUUUGUGGUGGUAUUUCGCUAAAUGCUUGAUUAGGUUGGUUGUAUUAAAACUUUUACAGCUUUACCACUACGCUUGACUUUAUUGUGGCAUAUGUUGCACUCUACCUCUUCGUCUUUGUCGUCCUUUAAGGUGAAAUGAUCCCACACAGCUGACAUUUUUACCGAUAAAGUCUCUCGGUAAAUUGGGAGACGGUAAUGUAAAUGGAGUGUGUUGAAGGUAUGCCGUAAAAUGCGGACCGGAUUUUAGGGAAACCAAAGCAAAAACAAAUGUAUUUUUUAAAUCGGUGCGCUGGAAAAACCAGACCGGACUUUAAAAAAAAAAAAACUUGAUCGGGAGUUUGGAUCGGAAUUUUUCCGUGUUGAUCCGAUACCGAUGCGCAUUUUUUUCCCCACAUCGGCGUCCGAUCUGAUCCAAAUAUCGGAUCGGGACAUCUCUAAUUGAAAUAAUGAAUUUCCCAGAAAAAAAUUUAACUUCUGCAUGCAACAUGAAUACUCCACAACGUGCAGGACAAAGUAUUGACAGUUGAUAUUUUAGUUACACCUAUCUUAGCAUGAAUUUUUCUUUCUGGGAUUGUACAAAUAGGUGUGGUCCCUCUGUAUACCCGUUUUAUUUGUUUGACAGGAAUUAAACAAAAGAGGGUGUAACUUGCCACCAGUAAAUUUAACGUUUCAUCACAAAGUAUUGCUGCAAAAUUUGGGUUCUCGUGCUUCUGUUUAAAGAAGAACUGGAAAGGGAUCGGUAGCAGCUAAUCUUUUAAUCAUACCACCUAGUUUUGUGUAGAUUGGUUAAUUGCACAAUCCCUGCAUUUGAGAAACAAGCACCAACACCGAUAACACAUCUCACUACAUAAAAAAACUAAGGUGUAGUUAAUUGAAUUCAUGCUUUUUUUGGAGAUUCAGAGUAAGAUGCGCAACAGUUAAUAAUCGAUUAGCAAGUUCAUCGGCAACUAUUUUGGUAACUAAUUAUUUAGGACCUUCUUCACCUUAAACUUUUCAGAUUCUUGAAAUUAUAAUAUAAAUGGCGGAAAACACAGACGACUGAAAAAGCAGUUUCUGCUUUUGCACCUCUCUUUAAAAUAAACUGCUGUAUUUUAAGCCAAAAUAAUUUGUUUGAUAGAACAAUAUGUCUGUAUGCUGCCAUAGCAGAUUCAUGGCGCACUAAGCCUCCGAACUAUUUUUAAUUUGUCCGUUUUACCCUGGAAACCCCUGUUUACAGACGUCGCGCAACCGCUUUUGUUUCAACCUAGCCAUAAAAAGGAGGUAAUUAUAUUAUUUAAAAUGUCUGUCAUUUUUAGCUUAGAAUCAUUA